CGCGCGUAGUGAACAUCGCCACUGGGGGGAGACAAAGACGGCCGGGCGUGGUUGCGAGGCCCCCAUCCCCUCGUGCAUAACAACAGUGCCGGGUCUUCACCGGAGCUGCGGCUCGCGACUCACAGCACUUGCCCCUCCAGUUUCGUUCGAGGCUACCUGGGGGAUCUUUGUCUCUGCUCGAUACGCGGAUGCGUGGGCCACACCUUGAGCACGUGGGGCUGUCACCUGUCCAGUCAGACCGGUCGGGGCUGUCCCGCCCUGAACGACGACAGCGGCCUCGCCACAGCGGGUGGCGGCGGCGGCCUGAAGUUCAGUCUGACGACACCCGGGACUCACACGGCCACAGCUCACAGACGAGGCGAGUCAAUAAGAGACGAGGACGCGAUGUCAGACGAGGAGGACCUGGAGGGGGGCUACGCCGUGGUGCUGUGUGGACGUUGCGACCUCCCCCAGGGGCUGCCUCACGCCGAGCUCACGCUGAGCUCACGCACACACAGAGAGGACGUGACGUGCAUUGUGGUCAAGGCGCCAUUUCUCGAUGUUUACGAACAGAUGACAAAAAUCCCAGAGAGUGAGAUAUUUUCAAAAAAAGACCUGAAAAUCGUAAAUGGAUCAGCAGCUUUGGGGAGGGGGCGCUACAUUCGGGAAUUCUCCUCCGAGCUGCUGGAGGAGGAGGAGGGAGGCAGCAGCGAGUGUGAGGAGUUUGAGGAUACCUGCACUACCUCUUACCUCAAAUGCUGCAAAACCAACCCCAACUUCAAUCCAGAGGCUGGGAUGCUUUCUGACAGAGAUUAUUCGAAGAGAGGAGCCAUGAACGGGAAGAUUGUGAACUUCAUGAUGCAAUACAAGGAGAGACAGUUCCAGUGGCUGGAGCACAUGGAGGACCAGGUGAAGACUCACUUCCCUCUGCACGAGAAGCGUAUCAGGGAGAAUCUGAUGAAGUCGUGGGGACACAUCCGUGCUCUAUUCAAACUGCAGCCCCUCAACCUCGUCAGGGCAUACUAUGGAGAGCAGGUGUGCAUGUACUUUGCGUGGCUGGGCUGGUACACCCACAUCCUGCUGGUGUCCACCUUGGUGGGAUUCGGUGUGUUCCUCUAUGGAGUGGCCACCUUCAACUCCAACGUGGUCAGCAAGGAGGUGUGCGAAGCGACGGACAUUGUCAUGUGUCCCCUGUGUGACGAGGGCUGCCACUUCUGGAACCUGUCGGACACGUGCACCUUCGCUAAGGUCGCCCAUCUGUUCGACAACAGCGCCACUGUGUUCUUCGCUGUCUUCAUGGCCGUUUGGGCCACAGUGUUUCUGGAGAUGUGGAAGCGCUACCGGGCAGUGCUCACCUGCAGAUGGGACCUCCUGGACAUGGGGGAGGAGGAGGACGAGUUGGUGCUGCGUACGGUGACGCGCCGCUACGUGCCGGGCCGGCCACGCUCGCCCCGCCACAGUGGCAGCGCCUUCCAACAUCACCAUCCUUCGUCGGCCUCGCCGUCGCCCUCGGGAAUCACGUGCCACAAGGUGCUCUCGCUGGUCAUCAUCUCCAUCGUCUGCUUCCUCAUGAUCUGCGUAGAGAUCAUUGCUGCGUACGCUAUCGUGGCGUAUCGCGUCCUCAUGAGGGACGUGCUGUCACGGAGAGUGGAGCCCGGAUUCUUCCGCAACAACGCCGGCCUCGUGGUGGUGGGGAGCGGAGCCAUUCUCCACUUCCUGCUCAUCCAGUGCAUGAACAAGGUGUGCGGCAUUGUGGCCUCAAAGUUGGCAAACAUCGGGAGCGUCUCGCGAGAGAAGAGGGAGCGACGAUUCUGCAUCUUCAUCUUUAUCUUCCAGUUCAUCAACCACUUCAGCUCCAUCUUCUACGUGGCGUUCUUCCUGGGCAGGUUCAUAGGGAGACCUGGUAACUACGCUCGCUGGUUUCAGUUGUACCGCCUUGAAGAGUGCCAUCCCAGUGGAUGCCUCAUCGACCUGUGUGUCCAGAUGGCCAUCGUCCUCUUCCUGAAGCAGCUCUUCAACAACGCCUUGGAGUUCGGCCGCCCCUUCUGCUGCCGCAAGCUGAGUGGUUCGAAGGGGGGGGCCCAGGGGGAGGGGGCGCCCCCCGUGGAGUGCUGGGAAGAAGACCUCCGCCUGGAGGAGCCUCCUGAACACUUCCUCGCUUACGAGUACCUCGAGAUGGUGCUGCAGUUUGGCUUCGUGACGAUCUUCGUUGCGGCGUUCCCGCUGGCCCCGCUGCUGGCGCUCACCAACAACCUGCUCGAGAUUCGCAUCGACGCGUGGAAGUUGUGCGCAUCCUGGCGGAGACCCGUGGCCAGGAGAGCACGGGACAUCGGAAUCUGGUUCGGGAUUCUGGAGUUCAUCGGCGUGGUGGCGGUGAUCACCAACGCGCUCGUCAUCGCCGUCACCUCCGACUUCAUCCCACGCCUCGUUUACAUCCACGCAUACGGACCCUGUGCUGGGCAGGGAGAAUACAGGACCAAGAGGUGUCUACAGGGCUAUGUGAACAGCAGUCUGUCCGUGUUCCACGUGCGCCACUUGGAGACUUCAACACAGCCAGCGCAGCGAGCCGGAGACCCCAACAACAACGACUCCUAACUGCAGGUACAGGGACUAUCGCCAACCCGUCCUUCUCGGAGCAGCAGUAUGAGUUCACCCCCAGUUCUGGUUCAUCCUCGCAGCGCGAUUCGCUUUCGUCUUCUUGUUCGAGCACCUGGUGGUGGCAAUCAAGGUGUGUGUGGCGUGGCUGAUCCCGGACAUUCCGCUCAAUGUCAAGACACGCAUCCUGCGCAAGAAGAGACUCAAGUACAAGAAGAAGCUUGCCGGUCUGGUGCAGGACCAGGAGAUUCGCAGACGCUCCGAGCAGCCCCCUCCGCCGGACAUCGAGGACCUCAGUGUGAGGAGUGCCGAGUCCCAGCCGACUCAGUCUUGGCCGGUCACUCCCCGGUCCAACCGAUAACCCCGUCCAAAAAACCUGUUUGAGCCGUGUGGUCAAAAACCGGUUAGCACUUCCGAGCGUCGGCGUCCGGGAACGUUUGAAUCUAUGUUGUUGUACGUACGUUGGACCUCUUUGGCACCAUACGUAGUUAAUUGCACUAAUUGGAGGUGCAGAGGAAGGGAUUUAAUUAUGAUGAGAACACCGACAAAGUCGUGGUGAGACGAGGCCGCAACGAAGAAGGAUGUCUCUGGUGAAGGCCAAUCAAUUGCAAAGACAAUGCAUACAUUAUUAUCAGAACAUGUUUUGCCACAAGCACGUGUGGGUUAAUGCAGAUUUGAUGCCCUGAAAUAGCAGUGUGUGUUUCUUGCAGUUGUGGCCGUCUCUCCGAUCCGGCCGUUGUCAGCCUCGCGAGAUUAACUCUGUUGGUCCAAAAUUCUGUUCUGCAAAGCUAAACCUACACCCGCUGUGGAACUGCUAUUGAGCCAAAUCCACAACUAAACUUUUGUAUUUUAGCAGGUGAGGCCCACUGAGCUAUGUAGCUCUUUUUCAGAAGCAUCCUGGCCAUUACGAAUUAUAGCAGCUCAACCAAGUUGCUGAUCUCAUCAUCACGGGGGAAUUUAUAGCAGCAGCCAAAUACUCUAAACGCCUGUUUCUAAAUGUGGAGAGAAAGACCGGAGGACGCGGAGAAAAAUCCACACAACCACGGUGAGAAAGAGAGACGCAAACUCCAAAUAGACAGCAGCAGGCGUCAGGGUUGGGAUCGAACCCACGCACACCUGUGUACCAGGCGAGGGAGAUGACAUCUCACAGCCACCGUCGCGCCAAUGCUGAGAAACCCCCCUCCCCUGCAAAACCAUCAAUUGAGAUCUCACGACAGCAGCAGCAGCAACUUCACACCCCCCCACCCGUCUCCCCAACCCUACUGCUGGGAACAACAACAUGGACAGGACCCUCCUGAAAAAUAAAGCCAUGCGACUCGGUGAGGCUUGCCAUGGUUAAACACACGGUCAUUGUGAACCCUGUCAGAAACGGAGAGACCCAGACUUGGGGCUUGAACUCGACGUUUAGUGGGCAGUGGUUUCAAGUGACACGGCCAUUAUGAACCCAAAGAGAGAGACACCCAGAUCCAGGGCUUGAACCCAGGGUCUCAGUGGCAGUGCUUUCGAGAGAAUGUGUGUGUGCGUAUGUACGCAUGUUGAACUUCUUUGUGUAUGUAAGUGUGUACGUAUAUUGAACUUUUUUUCACACCGUACGUAGUCAACACUGCUAGGACAACAAACUAAACACAAACAUAAUUUCUAAAGAAACGAGUUUUCAAUCUAGAUUAUUUAAAAGUGCAUAGCUCCCAGUGGCUUCCUAAAAUCAGGAGGAAGAGCGGUCCAGACGGCCGCAGAAGCGUAUUUGAAAGAGCGCAAUGCGGUGAGCGGCUAUGUUCGAUGACAAGCCAGAAGCAGCUGCUGCGAGGAUGAGUCCAAGUGAGCCGAGUUGGAAGCUGGGAGAUUAUUGAUAAGGCCAACGUGGGUCAUGUGUGUUGGGCAGUUUCCCCGCGUUCUGUAAUAAAUCUGUAACCCUUUUAAACUGA